UUAAAAAUCAAACAAUGAUAUUUGAACAUAAUAUGGUCACCAUCAUUAAAAAUUAUGUUUUUUUCUUCCGUGGCAACGCAUGGACUUUUUGCUAGUGUAAUUACAAUGGGAGGACCAGCCCACCACCGCAACCUCUCCUCCUACCUCCGUUACAGUGGUGGCACAUGGGGUGGAGGCUACCCGCCAUGGCCAUAGGCCACGCACCGGCCAUCCGGCGGCCUCCGUGGAGGUUAAGAGCACUACCCCGCACUCCCCCGGAAACCCUAGUCCACACUUCUCCCCGCCCUCGCUUGCCCUCGCCGUUUCCACUCGAGCCCGAGUCGCUGUCGCCACGCUCGUCGUCGAUCUCGUGGCACCGCCGUCCCUCGUCGGACCAGCACGUCGAGGAGGACAGCCAUCGUCUACUUCUUCCAUCCCGGGCAUCAAGUCGAGCGGGGCCGCCUCAUACGCAUGCCAUUGAGGAUGUUUCCAUCGCGUACAUCGCCGUUGUUCGUCGCCGUUCCCCGCUGCUCUGUGCCAUCCCCGGCCUUUCCGACCUUGCCAUCGAGCUCCUGAUGAUGGAGCCCAGGAGAUGGCAUAUCCCACCGACAACGACCACUACCCCGACGGUGCCUACUACUACAUGGAGACUUCUGAGUAGUUUAGGAGGUUCCUAGGCAGGAGGCCUCGCCUUGUUCGAUCUAUGUAUUUUUUGUGCCAUGCUUCUCUAAGGGAUUAACUUGUUUUA